CGUCAAUAUUUAAGUCACAAGCUGCCGGCUCACUCCUCACAACGACCGCAGCUCAUGUCCACGUCCAGACGACAACCCGAGAGAACUGUUUGCAAGAUCGAACAAGAAUUGCACGAUGAAGAUCUGCGUGGCCACCAUUCUGUCAAUCGCCCUCCUUCUGGGUAGCUCUGUCAAGCUCCGAGCUUCCGUUACGAUGCCGGUUCCCUCGGAUGGCGAUGGUCCUGCGUCUCAGGUGUGUCAGCAGUGCUGCCAGGGACCUGCUGCAAUACCUGGUAUACCGGGUCUCCCUGGCACAGUAGGACCGAUGGGGCCGUACGGUCAGCCGGGGUCAAAGGGCGAUGCGGGUCAGCAAGGUGAGAUUGGCCCAUUUGGGCCUAUGGGUGAGCGGGGAGCAUCUGGGAACACUGGGUCUAAAGGUGACGAUGGGAUUGGUCUGCCCGGCAAGAUAGGUCCGAGAGGGCUACCUGGUAUUGUUGGAGGAACUGGGGAAAUUGGUGUCAAAGGUCAGAAGGGUGAGCCAGGGGAGACACCAGACGACUCCAACAAGCGGGUGGCAUUCACCGUGGUGAGGACGAGCAACUCGGAUACAUCUACGAGUCACGACACCCGUUUGCCCUUCCAGCAGGCCGAGACGCUUCUGCCGGGUACCAGCUUCGAUCUCGAGACCGGCACGUUCACAUGUAGUGUUCCGGGCACCUACGUAUUUACGUUUUCUGUUCUCAAGUAUAGCAACAGCGGAACCCUUUUCAUCCAUCUUGUUAAAAACAGCUACAAGGUGAUCACUACCCAUGGUACAUCAAAUCAACUUGGUCAGUUGUCUGGUAGCGCGGUGCUGGUUCUGCAGCGAGGAGACACGGUGUUUGUUACCAUGUCCGGUAGGGCGCAAAGUGGUACCACCUAUCACUACACCUCAUUCAGUGGCUUCCUCCUUUUCUCCGAAUAAAUAAAUAAUAAAUAAAUUAAAUUAAAUCACAACGCAUAAAUAUUCAGGAGUAGUGCUGCAUAUUUUUUGUUUCGCUUUUCAUUUUGCCAAAACAGUAACCAAUGGAUUAAAAGAAAAAUGUUCAAUGUCAUGAUAAUAAGAAAGAUAAUUGAUUCUUAAUACUAAGCAUUUUACAUUAAAGUAUAAAAACGCUUUACCAGACAUCAAAACUGCAUAAAAA